AGGAACUUUAUGUCCAAUUCUAAUGAAAAAGAGAAGGAGAAGGAACAUCAAGAACAAUAUUAUAGAUAUCCAAAAUCAUUUUUAAAAGAUAUUUUUAUUACUUUACAUUCGUUUGAUAACCCAGAGAGGGAUGAACAUGAAGAAUUUAUUGAUAUUGAAAUGAAAUACGAUUUAUUUAGUUAUGCUUAUAAGGGAAUUGCAGACAUUGAAUUAAAAUUUAUGAAGAGUUCAGAGGAAUAUUUGAAAUUGAAAAGCAUUGAAAAAUGUAAAGAAACCCCUAAAUAUACUUGGAUGUAAAAUAUUUAUAGAAAUAAAAUGAUUAAUAAAGAAGAUGAUAUGCUGGCUUGUGAAAAAUGGGUGAUUGAUAUAAAUGGAUAGAGAGAAGUCUCCUAUGAAGUAACAGUAUUAUGAUUACCAAAUAGUUGGAAUUUUUUUAAUCUCAGAAGGAUAAAUUUUAUUCAAUUAUCUACCCACCAACAACAAUGAAGUUCUUUUAUUAUAUGUUCAAGAAUUAUUGA